UAAGGUGCUAUAGGAAAUUCGUCGUUACUGGUGACUCCAAUGCAUGGAAUUAUACCAACUCUGGCCACACUGCCAUCGUGCUGCUUGUAUUGACGGUUCGCAAAGCCAAACUCGGCUGAGAUUUGCUUUAAGAUUAGUUUUUAAUUAGUAACUAUACAAACUGUGAUAUUCAUCCAACGAUGACUCUGAUGCCGAAGGAAUCUGCGAAAUUGAUAGCAAGCAUGUCUAAGAAUGUUUUCAUUGAGGAACGUGGCAUCGAAGAUCUUGCACACUUCAUUUUCGAAAGGCUAAAGAAUUCGAACGUGAACGUGAACAUUUAUUCUCAGGAGCAAUUUCAUCCUUCUCCGGACGAUCCAAAAGCUGUUGAUUGGAUAUUUGUUUUAGACACAUUAAAUUACUCAUUUUGGAGUAAGAAGGAUUCCUCCAAGUGGACUGUAGACGGCCAAACUGGAUAUUUUGCGUUGUGUGCUGCUAUUAAGAGGGCUGUGGAUGAAGGAGUGCCUAUCGUCGACCCUAAUUAUUACUCUCACAUAACGAGACACGACGCCGAACGGAUCUUUCGUAGCGACAAUCAAACUAGCAUUCCAUUAUUAGACGAAAGAGUUAAGUCCUUGCGAGACGCCGGCAAGAUUUUGUUAGAAAAAUACCGAGGUACUUUCACGGAAUGUAUCGAGUUAUGUUCUGGCUCGGCCGAAAAGUUGCUGAAACUUAUCGUGAACGAAUUCGAAUCGUACCAAGACGAGGCGGACUACAAAACGUACAGAGUAAGUUUUUACAAGAGGGCUCAAAUAUUGAUAGGAGACAUAUGGGUUUGCUUCAAGGGGGAAGGAAUAGGUAAAUUCCACGAUAUAGAUUGCAUCACGAUGUUCGCCGAUUACCGUGUUCCUCAAGUUCUUCGGCACUUUAACGCGAUACGGUACGACAGUCUGUUGCUAUGGCGGCUCACAAAUGACGUAGAGUUGGAAAAUGGCACCGACGACGAGAUCGAAAUUCGCGGUUGUUCGAUAGAAGCCGUCGAACGAGUCAAGGACAGAAUGAGACAUUUGCUGGAGCUGUGCCCGGUGCCAGGAAUACAGAAAAAUGAUAUCAACUCUAUAAUGAUAGAUCACUUUUUGUGGGACUAUCGACGCAAACACGCCGCCGACGUGGAGUACAUACCGAUUCACAAAACUAGGUGCAUAUAUUACUGAGCGUUUCCUGUUCCUAAUAUCAAGCUCAUCGAAAUGUAUUUGGAAGUUAAUUUUCCGAAAGUGUAAUCGCGCUUCGCAAUUAAUUAUUUUGUGAUUAAUACUCGUGUGUUCGUUAAACGUUCGAAUAAAGAGCGGAUUUAUGGGCCACCGUGACUUUGUUCUCGAUAAUCCUUGAUCCUCGA